AACGAGAAACAAACUUCGUUUGUUAGGAAAGAAAGAUCAUUUUUUUCGUUUAAUUAUAUAAUCUUUUUUUUUUCUAUUUAUUAUUAUUAUUAUUAUUAUUGCGUGUCAUACGUAAAUACCGAAGAAGAAAGUAUCAUAGUAUAAUGUAUCCUACCGAUUAUGUUACAUCGUAUGUAACGUAAUAUAUAAAUGAAUAAGUAUAAUUAUUAGGUAUAUAUAUAUAUAUAUAAACAAAAUCAAAAUUGCAUUGGAAAAUGCAUUGAUAGAUCGAUUAAGAGAAACUACAUCUCUUUUAUACUCCUCUUAGUGUUGUCCUUCACAAUUUUCUUCUUCGUAGUAUCGGUGAUCACUCUUUUUAGAAUUAUUCGUUUCUCCAUGUGUUUUCUUUAUCUUUUUUUUUUUCUUUUUUUCUUAUAACGAACCUGCUGAAAAAAAAAAAAAUAGACUUCAUGAAAAUUCUACCGUGAUGAUAACAAUAAUAAUAAUAAUAAUAAGAGUGAUAAGUUCGAGCGUUUGUUAGAUUAUAAAAAAAAAAAAAAAAAGAAAAGGAAAGAAAAGUAAAAAGAACGUGUCCGAACAGAAGCGAGUUCUAACGUUAAAUGAAGAAUUAUGCAUCGAAUGACCUUGAACGAUCAUCGCACCCGGAAUUCAUUCAGAAUGAUCUUGAAACGAGCAUCCGAAAGUGGAACGACGAAGUGAAGAUCGCUUUGUCCGCCAUAUUGGCUGUUGCCGUUGGUCAUCCUGGAGUUUUAUUAAAUCCAGCAGCCCUUGCUUACGCAAGAUUAUUACCCGGAGCACCAAUCGGAUUAGACGGCCGUGUCGUUGACACUCCUGAAGUAUCUCUAGCGAAAGCUGAACACGCGGCGGCUCAUGUCAACGAAAGGAUCAAUCUUGCCAACGAAGCUGUUAAAUCCACCGAAGUUCUUCUACCAGCAACUUACGGUGUUCCUCUUGCCGCACCACUUCUUGCUCCGGCCUUAUCAUUAACGGCAACUAAACUAUCACCAGGUGCACCGAUCGGUGUCGAUGGUCGCGUCGUUGAUACACCGGAAGUUGCCGUUGCCAAGGCCGAACAUGCUGCUGCACAUGUCAACGAAAGGCUGGGAUUGGCACAAGAGGCUGUCAAAGCGGCUUCUGCUGAUCUUCCAUUAGUCGUGUCCUCACCUCUUCUAUAUGCGAAAUAUAAGGAACGAAGGAGGUGUAUAUGUGAUAGGAGGAGGAGUAACAACAGCAGCAGCAACGGCAGCAGCAGCAGCAGCAGCAGCAGCAGCAGCAGUAGUAGUAGCAACAGAAACAGUAGUAGUAGAGUAACAAGCGAGUACUGGUCAACCAGCAGCGCUUUGGAGAAGUUGAAGAAGAAGAAAAAGAAGAAAGGAACUAAGGAAAAGGGAAAAGGAAGAACCCUGUACUCAGUCCCCACCCAACAAGUCGUCAUGCAAGUCUCGAUACUCCUACUGAUCGUUCUGAUCGCGAACACCAGGGCUGGUUACAUCGCUGGGCCACCGUCGUCUUAUGGCGAGCCACGAUUAGAAACCCAACGAUCUGCGACAAGAUUUGCACCACCUGCACCGGUCGGACAAGAUGGUAACGUUAUCGAUACGCCCGAGGUAGCUCAAGCUAAGGCUGCACACUUUGCCGAAUUUGCUAAAGCGGCUGCAAGAGCCGUCGAAGAGAGCAAGAAUCAAAAGGCAACCUUCGACGAUCCUUCAAAUCCUAGAACAACCUUAUCGCAAUCAUAUAACAGUUAUCCCUCGAACGUUCAACAAACCGGUGCACCCUUAUACAGACAACAAACUUAUCAACCAGCUUAUCAACAACCUCAAACGCCUUAUCAACAAUCCCUUGGUUAUCAAAACAAUCCGUUACCAUCUUUACAAUCUCAAUAUAAUCAUCCUCCUGUACAUUCCGUUAAUCCUCAUACUUAUCAACAAACCACGCAAUACGAACAACCAAACCGACCGAAUUUCAUUAAUCAGAAGACUAAUAACUUUGCUCCACCCGCAAAAGCCACUUUCAUUCCUGCUCCUCUUGCCGAGGACGGCACCGUUUUGGACACACCCGAGGUCGCUGCCCUCAAAGCAGCCAGACUCGCCGAACUAGCCGAUGCCGAGGCCAGGGCCUACAAGUACAGUGCCACCGCUGCUAGGGAGUUUCCUGGAUCUCAAGGUCAAGUUUAUCCCGAAGCUCAGGCUGGGCCAUCUCCAAUAAAUUACAACUCGGCGGGUUCGCAAUUCGGUCCUUCUUAUCCAAGUGGAUCAACACAAUCCUUCGCGCCACAGCAAGGACCUUUUUCUAAAUCCUUCCAACCUGGGCAAGGAUAUCAAUCUCAUAACUAUCAGUCGCCGCAGUACGUGUCAGGAUCUUACAUCACAACGAUGAGAUUGCUUAUAGUACUGUCUAUGCUCCUCGUAAUGGCGAGCACCGAGGCUAAGUACAUAUUGGCACCCUUAUACGAAUAUCGUGGACCACCGGCACCCUUAUCGAAAGACGGUAGGGUGUUAGAAACCGCGGAAGUUCUACGAGCACGUAACGCACACAUGGCGGCACACGUGGAAGCUUUAUCGAGAAUUAGAGAAAUCGAAAGAAACGAUUAUUCCGAGAGGAUGACGAGACCGACGAUGUCACCGAUUAUGUCGCCAAUGAUGUCACCGAUGAUGACUAUGAAAACUAGCACGAGAACGCGUUCGAUCGCUCCGCUUUCACCCGAUGGUCGUGUUAUUGACACUCCUGAGGUGGCUCAAGCGAAAGCUGCACAUUUAGCGACACAUGCGCGAACAACUUCAAGACUGGCCGCAGCUGCGGCUUCCGCAGCAACGGCACAGUACCGAUUGGACGUUUACGAUGGCCGUAGAAAUCUGGUAUACCUGGCACCUGUUCGAGUUAAUUAUCCAACUGUAUCCUCGGUAGGAUAUCGAGGACCACCUGCACCUAUCGGACCUGAUGGACGUGUCAUCGACACUCCGGAAGUUGCGAGAGCUCGUGCUGCUCAUAUGAAAGCACGAGCACACGCGCUUGCAAUGCUAUCUCGUCACGAAAAUAAUUAUUAUUAAACGACGAACGUAUAGAGAGCGUAUACACGUCUUUAGUGUAUAGUUAAAUUUAAAAUGUGUCCUAUCUAUCUCUCUUUCUAUUUAUCUAUCUAUCUAUCUAUCUAUCUAUCUAUCUGUUUAUCUAUCUGUCUAUCUAUC